AUGAGUUACAGGGGAAGAGGUCGUGGUGGCUUCCAGAACAAUAACAACAAUCGCAACAACUUCAAUAAUAAUAACAACAACAAUGGAGUUCAGUCCGAAAUAGACCAAUUCAACAUGGCGAACGCAAUCCCAGUGGAGAUUUUAGGCUGGAACGGUGCCUCCAUGGAUGAUUGUGUGAAAUUCAUAUCCAGAAAGUGCCGUAUCACUGUGAGCAAUGCACAAGUGGAUCCUGUGCUGGGCGUGCUAAAGGGAUAUGUAAGAUCAAUGAAAGAGGCCGACGAGUUGUGCACUUGGUCUGGGGUCAAGUUCGCAGGGCAACUGUUGAAGAUCUCCAAGGCCAUACUGCAGAAUUCGUUAUCGAAUUUAGGUUCGAUCUCGACGCCAGCAAACGGUGGUGGUUCUACCAUUGAGACUAUUACCAACUUCCUCAAAUCAAGAUACGACCCCAACUCCAAGCUCUUGAACAUCUCCUCGGUGCAACAUGAUCCACUACUUGUGCAGCAAGGCUUCUUUGCAUCAAUUCUGACCACCAGUAAAUUUUUCCCAGCACUUAUGAAAAUUGCAGCUGAUUUGAAGUUGGAUGUGGAGAGUGUAGACCUUUCUUCCAAUAAUCUAACAGACUUGACAUCGGUUUCCUCGUUGGCUCAAACUUUUCCAUAUUUGAAGAACUUGGCCCUUCUGCAGAACAAUUUUAACAGAAUCAAGAGUUUUGAAGUUUGGAAACAUAAAUUAAACUAUCUAAGAGAGUUGGUGUUGAUUAAUAAUCCAAUCAUUACAAACUUGAAAAGCGCUCAGGACUUGCAAAUCGUUACGCUAGAAAUGAUGCGCAACUUUCCACGCUUAAUUGUGUUCAACGGAGAAGUGGUUAGGGACGAGGCCAAGCUAAUGGCACAUUUGACCUUUCCCUUUACACCAAUGCAGGCCAUGUUUUUCCAGGAUGAAAUGAUACAGCAGGUGUCUACGAAUUUCGUUACCAACUUCUACUCGUUGUGGGAUGGUAAUAGACAAGACUUGAUGGUUUUAUACCAGCAAGAGAGUCAAUUUAGCAUGCUGGUGGAUUCGAGCCACCCGCACGUAAUUGAGGUGAGUACUACAAGCACAAACAGUAAUAAUAGAGCAUACGGAGGUGGUAACACGUCUACAGACUCGCCAUUUGGCUACUACCUUAACCAAUCUCGUAAUCUCACUAGAGUUUCGAAUACCAAAUCUAGAAUGUCUAAGCUUGCCCAGGGCCAGCAGGAUAUUUUCAAGCAAUUUCAGCAGUUGCCCAGGACUCGUCACAAUUUACUCACUCAGCCGGAGUUAUUUAGCAUGGAAAGUCACUCAUUUCCUCAAUUGAAUGGUAUUUUAAUUACCUUGCAUGGUUCGUUUGAAGAAAUUGACGCACCAGUAGAAAUAGCCACUGUUCCAAGCAACAACCCCAGUUAUAAUUCCAACAACAGACGCUUUGGGAAUUCUACUUAUAAAAACAAUAAUAAAAAAUUCCCACUUGGGAAAAAGUCAUUCGACAGAACCUUUGUAAUAAUCCUGGGUCAAGACGGUAGUAUGAUAGUUGCUAGUGACAUUUUGAUGGUGAGGCUUUUUGCAGAUGGGGAUGCAUGGAACACAACAAUCGGAACUGGUUCCCCCGCAGGAGGUGGAGCUACAGCAACUAAUGUGAAUGUAAGCUCAUUGAACACGCCUCAAGGUACAUCAAAUGUUUUAGCCCAGCCUGCAGGUACUGCAGAACUUCCCUUAGAUGUGAAGGCUAAGCUAAACGAGAACCAGCAACAAAUCUUGGUUAGGAUAUUACUUGAGACAAAGCUAAACCUUCAGUACGGUAUUAUGCUCUGUGAGCAAUCGCAGUGGGACUACCAACAAUGCAUUAAUAAUUUUAAGGUUUCUGUGAAUUCUUUACCGAGAGAAGCGUACGUACUUUAG